AUGAAUAAGCGGCAGUGUAUUAGGAAUUUUAAAAGUUUAGUUAAGAAAGGGAAUGUUCUCUAUGUAGAGGAGAAAGGGUAUGGUCAUUAUGUAGAGAAUAAAAAAUAUGGUCGUUAUGUAGAGAAUAAGGAGUAUGGCCGAUAUGCAGAGAAUAAAGAGUAUGGCCGAUAUGCAGAGAAUAAAGAAUAUGGCCGAUAUGCAGAGAAUAAAGAGUAUGGCCAAUAUGCAGAGAAUAAAGAAUAUGGUCGCUAUCCAGAGAAUAAAGAAUAUGGCCGCUAUUCAGAGAAUAAAGAGUAUGGCCAAUAUGCAGAGAAUAAAGAAUAUGGUCGCUAUCCAGAGAAUAAAAAAUAUGGCCGCUAUUCAGAGAAUAAAGAGUAUGGCCGAUAUGCAGAGAAUAAAAAGUAUGGUCGCUAUCCAGAGAAGGAAAAGAAUGGCCUCUUCCCGACGGAGGUAGCAUCAAAGGGGGGAAGAGAAAAUUAUCUUAGCUACCAAACGUUUUAUCUCUUUAGUAAAGGAAAAAAUGUGGACAUGUUAAAAUUGGGUAAAUCGAUGAGGACGAUGAAGCCUAGUAUGUAUCAUAAUAUGUUUGUCCUCAUAGGGAGGAAUUUAGAAUUAAAACAUCUUCCUCUCGUUUUAGAAAAGCAUAAUACAAAUAAGAUCAUAAGGAGUUGUUAUUCCUCUGUGCAUGGAGAGAACAGUAAUAGAAGGAAGAACAAACACAUAUGGUCUAACUACAAUUUUACCGAUAUGAUUAAAACAAAUUUAAAAAAUUAUAUAAUACUGUCAAGAAUGAAUAUCCCCACAGGGUUUUAUUUACUGUUUUAUUCAGCACUAUACGGAUACAUUUUAACAUACGACAUGAACAAUUUAAUUAUACAUAUUAAUAAUAAUUAUGAACUGAGAUGGGAAGCAAUAAAAGAAAUAGGGAAUAACAUUGCUCUUUUUCUAAUUGGGAGUAUUAAUAGUAGAAUAGUAGGUUGUAUUAUAAAUGAUUUGUUUGAUAGGAAAUUUGAUAAGCACGUCGAAAGAACAAAAAAUAGACCGUUAGCAAAUGAAACUAUGAGUAUUCGGACAGCUAUAACAUAUAUGUGUAUACAUGGAUGUAUAUCUCUUUUAACAUUAUUUCAAUUUGAUUACCAAACAGUAUGUACAGGUUUAAUAUCAACCAUUUUUAUUAUCACAUAUCCAUUAUUAAAGAGAAUUACAUAUUAUGCUCAGGUAUAUCUAUCUUUUACAUUUAAUCUUGGCUUCUUCAUAUCCUCAAGUAUUAAUAUAAAUUUAGUUGAAAAUAUACUUCCACUUACUUUAAGUUUUUUACCCUUAUGUUACUUAACUAUUAUAUAUGAUACAAUAUAUGCAUAUCAAGAUAAACAAGAUGACAUAAAAUUAAAUUUAAGAUCGUUAGCUAUAAAAUGGAAUAAGAAUACUUUAAAAAAUUCAAAAUUGUUGGCUUUACAUAUGACUUACUUAUUUUAUCUCUCUGCUUACCUCUUCAAUAUACACUACUCUUACUAUAUUCUAUCUACAUGUAACGUCCUCUAUUUAUAUUACAGUAUUAGUAAUAUUUCCAUAGAUGACAAACAGGAAUGUAUGAAUUUUUUUAAAAAGAGCAAAUACUUCUUACUUCUAAUCGCACUCUCAGCUUUAUUUGCAAAAAUGUGCGAACUGCACAAGAAGGAACUCCAUAGGGAAGGGGAUGGCAUCCAAGUAGGAGUAGAGGCAUAG